AUGUCUGGACCAAGUAAUACAAAUCACAACACCAGCAAUAAUAUAGUUAGUAACAGUUUCAGUCAACAAUCGCCACCUCAACAUUUAUCUUCCGAAAUCCAACAAACACCACCUUCAACUUCAUUCUCGCAAACGAUAUCCUCUCACAAUCGGCAACCAUCACUUCCUCAUGAACAAGUGCCUUUGAGAAUACUUGCCAUAGGGGCGGCUUAUGAGGACACAAUACUGCAUGUGGAUAAGUUCCCUCCGGAGGAUGGCAAGCAACGCGCUCAACGGGUGGAAAAACGCAGAGGUGGUAACGCGGGUAAUACGCUGACUAUAUUAUCACAAUUUCCUUUGGUAAAGACUAGCUUUAUGGCAUCUAUGGCUAGCAAGGAAGCUUCGGCAUUCAUAGUCCAGGAUUUUGAAGCACAUAAUAUAAGAACUUCGACAUGUAUAUUUAAAGUUGAUGCAAAACUUGCACCAGUAGCGUAUAUCAUCCAUGCCAACAGUACAGGCUCUCGAACAAUCGUAAAUUAUAAUAGGUAUAGCAAAGAACUAACUUUCGAAGAAUUCAAAAGAAAAUUUGACGCGGCGUGUGCAGAAGAAAUGGAUGAAGUCCCAUUUAACUGGAUUCAUUUCGAGGGACGUAAUGCCGCUGAGGAGACAAAGAUGAUCGAUUACGUAGACACCAUGACCUGGCGGAAAAAAACUACAAUAAGUGUAGAGCUAGAAAAACCUUAUAGGAAAGGUCUAGAGACAUUGAUGCAGAGAGCUGACGUGUUAUUUUUUUCGAAAGUUUUUGCGGAAGGCAAAGGAUAUGAUCAUGCUGGCGACUUUCUGCAAGUGAUGGGCCCAUUUUGUAAAGACAC